UUUAGUGUUCGUGGGUACUUUGCACAGCAACCAUUUCUUAUAAUCUCAGCCCAUUUCGGUGGCUCGUGAUCGGUUACCAGUUUGCCCUUUGUUCAAUUUACAAUAUUUUUACCACAUGCAUAUAUUAGCACAUUACGAAACCAUUACGAUUUUGAAGUGAUUUCAAUUUUAUUAUUAUUAUAUGCCUAUUGGAGUGUUAAAUUGAAUACAUAAGUACAUCUGCAAGCGUUACAUAAAAAGUUAUAAAUAUUAAAAAAUAAUUAUAUUUUUUUUUUUACAAAAAGUGAAUUAAUUUUAAAUCGAAGAUUUCUCUGAUGCAAAUACAAAACAAUAAACAAAAUAAAAAUGAAUUUCAUUCAUCCGGAACUGGUAGCAAGGAUGAAUACGUCUGAUAUUUCCGAUCAUAACGGCAACUCCAAUACUGUUGUGACGUCACACACAUCAGCCACCGCAGAUUCAACGAACGUCACAAACCUGUUGGCUAACAACAAUGUUGAUGGCGGCAAAAGUUGUGACGAUGCAGGUGUUCCGGAAACAACGGUUGCCUCGGAUGAUUCGCCGCAACGUACGAAAUCCGAAAAGUUUGAAAUUAAAAUUGUGCUCGUCAAAGUGCAGGCGGAAUCGCCAUUGUUGCCCACCAGCAACAAAGACGACAGCAAAAUAGUGGAAACGAACAAUAAUAGCAGCAACAGCAGCAACAACAACCACAUCAACAAUAUUAUCCCUGUACCUAACCACAUAUCAGUAAAUCAACAUAUUUACACAGCCGUUGAUACCACCUCCAAUUCCCCGAUCCACCGAAACCACUCGCACCUUCACGAUCUCACAUACAGUACUCCACUCAGCGUUGCUGUACCCCCUACCGCAAUAGAGCACAAUCCGACUAACAAAAUUUAUCUGGAAACACUUGCGCCCCCAGCGUCACCCACUCCCUCCGGACCGAGUAUAUAUGGCACACCGGCCAGCGAGUGCAGACGUCGCAGUUCCACAACAUCUUUACAAUUAUUGGAUGGUAAUACAGUCACGAUAACGACUACAACAUCAGCAACGAUUGGUGGUAGUGGUCAAAGUGAGGAGAGCAUAAUAGAUCUCGAGGAUAACUCCGAGGGCAAUACAGAUAGCGAUAAUUAUAGCGUAACAAACGAUAACACGUAUUCCACACCCACCACCACAGCCACACUGUAUAGCAAUUAUAAUUGCACACAAACAAGCACACAUACGCACCAAUACAAUUUGUAUCCAAAAGACUUCUUCUCCAACCUCGAAGGCGAACGACCGAAAAAAAGUACAAAAAUGAAAACGAAAGUUGAUGCUGUUGGGCGUAUCACUGGCGAAUGGGGACGCUGGCAAUUGCGUACUGUGUUGUUGAUCUUCUUAUGUAAAAUUCCAUCGUCAUGGUUUAUGGCGUGUAUAAUUUUCACAGCACCGGCGCCACGACAUGGUGAAUUCUUUUGUAAGCCACCAAAUACGGUAGGUGCACAAAAUGAUACGUUGUGGAUAAAGGUGUCGCAUCCGCAGAAAGAGGAAGCCGAUGAUCAGGAAUUUACAAUAGACUUUUGUAAUAUAUACCAGGAUGCACAAGAGCAUGCUCACCAUUAUUACCGUUAUGAGCGACCCGAACUGGAACCGCGGGUAUGGGAGGAACCCACUUCGCGUAAUGCGAACAUUAUCCCAUGCCAGCAGUUCGAGCAUAGGGCCGAGUACCAUUCGGUAGUGACGCAAUACGAUUUAGUAUGCUCGCGUGACAUUUUGGUGUCGGUAACACAGUUCUUCCACUUGUUUGGCGUCCUCACCGGCGGCAUACUGGCGAAUCAUCUGCUCAAAUAUUUCAGUCCACGAAAUGUGAUGCUCUUCGGCAUGGUGACACAAAUCUUCUGCGGUAAUCUCACCGGGCUCGUGGUCUCAUAUGAAUUGCAUGUCUUCUUCCGCUGUUUAUCUGCUGUAUGUUGUGCUCAAAUGUAUACAGCUGGCAGCGUAAUAAUGGGCGAUAUAACAGGCGGCGUGUAUAAGACUUGUGUUUCCACUCUCUUCGAACAAUUUUGGUCAAUUGGUGUUAUACUUUUACCCGGAUUGGCGAGCUUCUUCUCCAGCUGGUCCCAUCUCUAUAUGGCCAUCUCUUGGCCGACUGUGAUACUUAUAUAUUUAUGGCGUUGGAUUCCCGAUUCACCUCGUUGGAUGAUUCAACGUGGACGAGUAUUAGAUGCCAAAAAUAUUCUUUUACAAUGUGUUGAUUUGAAUGGCACGCGGUAUGGUCUUCCACACGACAUCGAUCAGCAGUUGCAAUUGCAGGCACAAACUGCUAUGGACGCGCCACCACCACCGGGUUGGUGGUCCAUAUGGAAGGGCCAUAAUGUGGUGCGUAAUUUGAUAUGUGUGCACUUAGCGUGGUCAGUUUAUAUUGUGGUUUACUACGGUAUGUUGUUGAACAUACGUUCAUUCAGUCGCGAGCACCUCGAAGUGAACACAGCAGUGGCAGGACUCUGUGAAAUUAUCGGCACAUUUAUUGGUCUCUUUCUGAUACUUAAGACAACACGUAAAUGGCUGUGGACGGGGCUGUUCAAUGUAGUUACCGGUUUAAUUGCAUACCUUGGUUGGCUGGUCCCGGACGAUUUAUCAUUUAAUACACGCGUUGCUCUACUUAUGUUCACAGCAAUGGUUUCGAAAGUGUCCAUAUCCACCACACUCUCCAUACUCACCACCUGCACCGUAGAGCUGGUUAGUGAGGAUAAGAAAAAGAUUACCGCCUUCUCCGCGAUAUGUUGGGCCAGAUUCUGGUUAUUGGGCGCGCCAUUCAUUGGCGCCACUGUGAUCUUUGGCAUAAUGGUGCCGCAGACUGCGUUUGCGUCACUAGCAAUUCUUGGGGGUGUUUUAACCUCCUUUAUAACUAGUCCCCGUACGAUAAGUAAAGAAGCCCUUGGCAACAACAACAGAGCCACCGCUACGCAAGUGGAUGGCAUCGAUAAUAAAAGCUUUACAACGGGUCCGACAGUUAACCAUCCCAUCUUUACUAGUAUUACGAAAUUGGCAACGCCCAACUCCAAUCUACCACCACAAAUGGUGCCCGGUGUUUGGACAACGAAACAGCAUGAAGACAGCCCUCCUGUAUAAGUUGGCGUGGGUGAUAAGACUGACCGGAUAUAGAAGUACGGUUGCUGAUCGGCGGCAUCAUUUUUAAAAUUAUUUCGUCUAUAAAUGUUGUUAAUUCGUAAAUUAAUUCGUCUAUAAAAGUUGUUAUUGCUGUGAAUAGAAUUGUAAUGUGGGAUGUACAGGGGCUGUUUUUUCUUUCUCUCACAUGAAAUUAUGUUGCCCAAGCGUAUUUAAGAUAUUAAAAGUGAUAAAGAAUACAAUUACACAUAUACUAAUUACAUACAUUUGUUGCUAAUUGUUGCAAACGGACGAAAUUUUUUAAUUUUUCUAGUAUUCCUUGUUACAAUUCUAUUCACACAUUAUUUUAUUUGUUGAAUAGUUUCACCGAAAAAGUCAUAUUUUUAAUUAAUUACGUAAUUGUUUAUGUGCUUAAAGGCCAAUGGCGUAAGCUAUAAGCAAAAUUUGCAAAUUUGUACAUACAAAUAUGUAUAAACAAAAAUACAAGGUUUUCCAAAUAAGAGUUGUUACUUUGAUAUUCAUAGAAAAAUGGCAUGGUCGGAGAAUUAUUUCAAUGUUAAGAUUAAAUUGUGCCAUUAAUAAUGGAAAACAAUGUCAGACAAAUGACCGCCACAGCUACGGUUACAAGACCGUAUCACUUUUAUCAUAUUUUCCAACAUCAAAUCGCAAAGUGGCUGCUGUAUGUCCUCAAUAGCUUAACGAAUUCCAUCUUUGAGGUCUUGAAUCGACAUUGGCUUGUUAGCGUAUAUCUUAUCCUUCACGUGGCCCCCCAAGGAAGAAGUCACAAUGUUUUAAAAUCACAAAAACUCGGCACCAAUUGCGAUCACCUCUCGAUAAAUAGGACAGUGCGGAAACUCUUCUCUCAAAUCAUCGACGAUUUCGUUGCUUUCAUGGCACGUUGCGUCGUCUUGUUGAAAGUAAACUUUAAGAAUAAAGAAUCAUUAAUAAUCUCUCAUUUUUACCCGUUGAGGAGGGAAAAACUUUUCAACAAUCUUGAGUCUUUCGAGUCCCAGAUGCGAAAGUUUUGCUUAUUGAGGUAGCCAUCGAGGUGGAAACGGGCCUCAUCUGUCAAAAUGAUAUUUCAAUGAAAUCUCAUAUCAUUAUCAUGCUUUUCAAGGACCUAAUCAGCAAAGACACGGCGUUGUUGAUCAUUGGCUGGCUUGAAUUCUUGUGUUAAGUAAACUUUAUAAGCCUUAAGACCCAAGUCUUUAUUGCAAAAUACGGUGUAAUGACGUUUGUGGAAAGUUGAAUUCCAGAAAACCACGAGGAAUGGACAAGGCUGGGUUUUUUUUCCAUACUUUGGUAUACAGUAGCAGUUGUUCUUGAGCAACGUGCAAGUGUUUAAAUCUUCACAUCACUAAAUUGUGCUGACAGCUACAUUUGUUCCAUCAAUUUCUUUAUUGCGGUUCGCUAAGGCGCUUUAUGACGACUGGGAAUUGUUUUAGUUUUACGAAUCGACUCUGCCAAGCUUUCACCAUUUUUAUAGUAAAUUUUAAUGAU